GAUAAAAACAAUAAUUUUGUGUCGCACUGGCAAGGUCUAAUGAUACCAUUAGAUAUUUGUAAAAUAAGUCUACCUAUUGCAUUGUUUAAUAACAGCCAUAAGCAUGGAGUUUAAAGUACCUUUAUUUUUAUGUUUUACUUCUUUAUUGUGUGCUUCUCGUGGAGCUGCUAUUAUAGAACGUCAAGAAAUUGAUGAAUCCACCAACAACAGUACUGAAUCAUCUACCACAGUAGCUGCUACAACUACAGUCCAAUCUACUGAUACAGUUGAAAUUGAACUUUGGCCCUUGUGCGAUUUUCCUUUAUGGCCUAUUGAGAUAUGGGAAGAUCCUGUAUCAAUUGAGGAUAUUGAUCCUGAACCAGAGUAUGUAGAGCUACUACCUCUUGAUCCGAUAGUGUGGCCUGAAUUUGAACCAGUAUUUUAUCCAUAAACUCUUCCAGCUGAAAGUUGUCUGGAUAAAAUGAACUACUUGUAUGAUUCUACCAAACUGUAUUUGAACUUAUAU